AUGGAGCCCCAAUCGCCCCCUAAGCGCAUCACGCGUUCCAGAGCUGCAAAAGUUGGCGACACCACCACGACGAGUACCAAAACCACAAGGAUCGUCACUGCUGCAGCCAAAGCCAAGGCUACUGCCACUACCACUUCUACUGCUCCUCCGCGGUCCACCUCGACCAAGCGAAAGACCCGAGCCGACGAUGUCGAGGAGGAAGAGCACGACCAACAAUCACAACAAUCAGAGCCUGCACCUCGUGCCACCAGACCCACGAGGGGCCGCCCGAGGAAGAUCACAGAAGAUAUUGCAGAGCCAGUCGCAUCUUCGUCGUCGUCUUUGUCGAGCGUCGCCCCCGGCAGGGCGACGCGUGCACGAGCUGCUGCUCGCAAGGUUUCCACCACGGAGCCUGCCGCCCCCAAGGAAGAGCCUGUGAAGCCCACUCGCGGCCGGCCCAGAAAGGCGGCAACUGAAGACGUUCCCGCCAAGGAUGCGGAACCGGUGAAGAGGACCGCGCGUACUCGCGCAGCACCAGUCACAACAUCAAAGCCCGCCGUCAAGAAGACGGUAACAUUCCAAGAACCCGAAAAGGAAAACAUCGCUCCUGACGCAAGCAAGAAGACGACCGACAAGUCCGCAACUGCCACCGGCCUGCGAGCCAGACCUGUGCGAAAGCCCCCCGUACCCAAGGCUCCCAGGUCUAUCAAGGUCGCCGCUGCCGCUGCCGCUGCCGCAUCGACCUCGAAGCCCGAGAAGACUCCCCUGAGCCCUAAGAAGGUCACACAGGUGCCCAUGCCUCGCGAUUGCUCCGAGGACGAGCUGGCCGGGCCCGAUACCCCCCCGAGACCCAUGAUGAAGAGUCCUACGAAGCCUCCUGCCAGCGCUCUCGCAUCUUCCCACAAGCUUAACCUGUUGCCCGUCGAAAAGUCAACCGACACGGAGGAGCAUGCUGACGACGACGAGAACGGCGCCAAGUCAGAGACACAAGAGGACAAAACCACGCAUGCUCUGGCCUCGCCUGCCAAGAGGCUGCCUGCUUCGCCCUACAGAGAUUCGAUGAAGUCCCCAGCCAAGCGCGCUGAAGGAGUCUCGCUGUUGAAGCCCGGCUGUGCUGUGAACUCUAGUGGCGAAGGCGUUUCCGCCUCGCCCCUGAAGGCCUCUCUCCUUCAGUCUCCCGCCAAGCGCCCCCAGUCUGCCAUGAAGCCCUUUUCUUUGAUGCCGACCAAUGAGGGAGAGAAGAAGGUCUCCAACUUCAAGGCGUCGCUGCUCCAAUCACCCGCAAAGCGCCCCCUGUCUCCGAUCAAGGGCAUGAAGCCCUUGGAGACGUCGGAGCAAAUCCACUCCCCGGCCACAAAGCCUCUGCUUUUGUCGACACCGACGGCUCUGCGCCCAGUCAAGCGAUCUUCCGAGAAGCUCAUGGCCGAGGAGUCGAACGCCCAGGAUGACGAGGAAGAUGAUGAGUUGGACGAGGUCGCAGAGGCCAUGCUCAAUGAAUCCAUCCACUUGGAAGAGCCCAUGCAAUUCCCUGGCCGUCUUUCGGCCGUUCUCCCCAGACACGCCGAUCCUGCCCUGAAAAAGAAUAUGCCCGUUUUCGAGGCGGCCAAGCAGCAGGCGGAGCAGGUCGAACAGGCUGCCGAGUCUGAUGUGUUCACUGAUGCCACGACUGAGGAUGUGCAGGGACUCGACGCAGAGCUUAUGGUGCUUGAUGACGAGCCGGAGUUCCAGCCGCAAUCCGAACAAUCCGUCCAGGCCCCUCAGCUUAGCCUCGACGCGCCUAGCGGUCUCUUUGGCCUCCGUCAGAAGGAUAUGGACCCCUAUCACAGCAUCGACUCCGAUUCAGACGAUGAGCUUGCCAACAGUCCCCGCGUCUCGGCAGCUCACAAACUGGUCCCCGCCACCCCGACUCCUGCCAACUCCCGCCGAAGCCUUGCCCAGCCAAGACACUCCAGCAUCGGCUUCACCCCUCUUGCGCAGCAGCUCGACGCUUGGUCUGCUGCCAGCCCCUCCAAGACACCCAGGCGACCCGUCACCCCGGGACGCUCGUUGGCUCAGGCACCUGAGACAUUGAGUCUGGCUGCUGGAACCCCUCACCUUGAGGAAUCUCCGCUCCGAAGCACCUACUUCGAGGAUGAGAUGACCGUGCGAGCAGACAUGGACGCGCAAGACGAAAUCGAGGCUGCCAUCGAUGCUGAGAUUGCCGCCGCCGCGGACGCCGAGGAUCCCGAAUUUGAUGAUCUCAUGGUCACCGACGAAGAUAUGGCUCUGGCCGCUGAGGCUAACGAGAUGUCCUUGAUGGAGCCCGAGGAGCUGGACGAGAUCGUCAACACUUCCAACAGCUUUGACGACACUAUAUCUGAGGCCAGCCAAGAGUACGGCGACGAAAAUGAGAUGCCCGUCGACCCUGCCUUGUCCAUUGGCGACGCUUCGGUCCCGCCCACCACGCCCAACCGUGUUCUGGCGCGCGAGUUCCACACCGUCACCAAAGUUCCUCUUAAGGGCGCGGACGACUCAACCCCGCGCCCCAAGAAGAAGCGCGCGGCAAGCAUUUCUCGACUCCCAGUCAGCCGCCCAAGCCUUAACAGAAGCGCCACAGUCAUCUCCUAUUCGCCUAGCAGGAACCAGCAGGCCGAUGAAGACGAAGCUCAGAAGCACGAAACGGAGAAUGACGAGAACGAAGAGAACGAGCCCAAGUCAAUGCCCGUCACGCCUGCCAAGUCGGAUGUCUGUUCGGCUUUGGGAACACCAGCUCGCACUCCCCGCAGAGACCUCAACCCCGGUCUUCUCCGCGGUGCCGUCGUGUUUGUCGAUGUUCACACCACCGAGGGUGCGGACGCCAGUGGUAUUUUUGUCGAACUCCUCACUCAGAUGGGAGCUCGUUGCGUCAAGACCUGGACAUGGAACCCCAGUGCCACCGGCAACUCGGAUGCCUCCAAGAUUGGCAUUACCCAUGUUGUUUACAAGGAUGGCGGCAAGCGCACGAUGGAGAAGGUUAGAGAGUCGAACGGCGUGGUACAGUGCGUCGGUGUGAGCUGGGUUCUCGACUGUGAACGCGAGAACGAAUGGCUUGAUGAGGCACCGUACUACAUCGACACGUCGUUGGUUCCUCGAGGAGGCGCGCGCCGCCGCAAGAGCAUGGAGCCCAAGGCUCUGUCUAACCAGAACGGCAUGCUCGUUCCCACUCCCGUCAAGGCCGGUCGUGACGCCAAGACGGCGCCCAACACGCCCAUGAACCGACGUGACAGCACUGUUUGGAUGCACACCCCCUCGGACGAGGCCGACGAUGAUGAUGACUGGCAGGGCCUGAUCUCCCCUGUCCCCGUCACGCCUGCGCCCGAGGCACUUGCUCGCUAUGCGGCCGAGACGCCUUCGACGCCGACCGACUACGACUCGUCUCCGACCAAGACACUGCUGAUGCAGACUUGUCCGCCCAAGCAGAACACUUUUGCCCAGAUGGGCGACGGUAUCCUCAACAGGGACAAGGACGAGAGCGUCAUGCAGCGGUUAAUGGCGGCUCGUAGAAAGAGCCUGCAGUUUGCGCCCAAGAUUGGUAGCCCGUUGGCCAAGGCCUGGAAAUAA